CGAGCCAAACGAGCUCAGCACAGUGUAGCCCACCUGGCCCAACAAGCCUAGUAACGCAAUAAAAUCCACCAAGAAAAAGAUGCAAAAAGCCCAUAGCCCAUCUCCAUCCAACACUAACCAAGCAACCCUAUACCAGUGACCAUCCAAAUCAAUACCGAACUCUCUCGAUCCCUUUCCGUAAAAAACAAAAGAAAAAAAACUCUCCCGAUCCCCUCCGCCGCCGGCAAACCCACGCCCUCGUGGCGCCGCUCUAGGUCCCCAGCCCGCCGCCGAGUGCCAGCCAUCCCACUCCACCUUUGCCUCGUCGUCUCAAUCGCCUUCGUCGGCCGUCGCUCGGCUCUCUUCGCUCGGUCAUGGAGCAACUGGAUCCACCGCUUCCAAGACUCCAAGUUUUGAAUCAAGGAGUACAGCUUCAGGACCACAAGCCUGGCGUCCUCGCCGCCGUCGGCCUCCACACGACGGGUGAAGUCGAGGAUCUGCAAAUCGACAAGCUUUGUUGACUUGGUCGACAACCACUUCUGCUGUAUAUGUGUAGACAAGAGAAAUGGCUGCGAUGAUAUUAAUAGCAGUAGCAGUAGUCGUGCAGCAAGCGCUGAUCCUGGCAGCAAGAGCCAUCGGCGAUGGGCAGCCGAUCACGCUCGCCGGCUGCCCCGACAGGUGCGGCGACGUUAGCAUACCGUACCCAUUCGGCAUGGCGCCCGGAUGCUUCCUGGACGGCUUCGAGGUCACCUGCAACCGCACCUUCGACCCCCCUCGCGCUUUCCUCGCAUGGGGCUCGCCGGACUCUCCGUUCCAGGGGAACGCCGACGGCUACUACCUGAGCGAUAACGACAGCGUGACUCUGAAGGACUACUGGUCCCUCCCCGUGGAGCUCGUGGACGUGACGCUGUCGCGCGGCGAGGCUCGGGCGUACGGCGCCGUCACCACCGACUGCGCCGCCACCAACGGGACCUACCACGAGUUCCGGCGGCAGCUCACGGUGCUCUCCGGCUCGCCGUUCGUCUUCUCGGCGUCGCGCAACGUGCUCACCGGCGUGGGCUGGGACAUGGAGGCGCAGCUCACCACGUCGCUGGCCAGCACGGGCUACAGGCUCAACUGCGCGUCGCGGCUGAUGUUCCCCGAGACGGCGGAGAACGGGUCGUGCUCGGGGAUGGGUUGCUGCGAGGCGAACGUGACGGCCGGCCUCCGCAUAGCCUCCGUCACGUUCGCCCACAAGAAGAACGUCUUUUGGUCGUCCAAUCCUUGCUCCUACGGGAUGAUUGUCCAGAAGAACUGGUACAACUUCACCAAGGAGGAUCUCUACGGCAACCAGACCUUGUCCAGGAAGCACCCAAGGGGCGUCCCCUUCGUGCUCGACUUCGCCAUCGCCAACGUCUCCUGCCCUGCGCAAGGCCAGCCGCCGCUGGACAACUACGCUUGUCGCAGCAGCAACAGCUUCUGCGUCAACGCAACCAGCAGCCCAGGCUACAUCUGCAAGUGCUCCGAUCAUUACGAUGGCAACCCAUACAUCGCUGAUGGUUGCCAAGACAUUGACGAGUGCCAACUCCGAAUACAAUUUCCUGAGCUUCGCGACGUGUACCCGUGCUCGAGUGAUGGGAUCUGCAAGAACAGGCCGGGAGGUUAUGACUGUCCGUGCAAACCUGGCAUGAAAGGCGAUGGCAAAGCAGGAACUUGCACUGAGAAAUUUCCACUGGUAGCCAAAGUGAUUGUGGGAGUCGUAGCGGGUCUCCUUGUCCUCGCAACUCUGGUUUUUGUUUUCCUUCUUCGCAAGGAGAAACAAAAGAUGAGGGAAUUUUUCAUUAGAAAUGGUGGUCCUAUACUGGAAAAUGCAAAGAGCAUAAAGAUAUUCAGGAAGGAGGAGCUAAAGCGAAUUACAAAAACUUAUAGUCAUGUUCUUGGAAAUGGUGCCUUUGGUAUGGUAUAUAAAGGGUUCCUUGAUGAACAGCAUCCUGUUGCGGUAAAGAAGUCCAUGAAAGUUGACAAGACGCAGAAGGACCAAUUCGCAAAUGAAGUUAUUAUCCAAUCUCAAGUAAUCCAUAAGAACAUCGUCAGGCUAAUAGGUUGCUGCCUUGAGGUAGAUGUCCCGAUCUUGGUCUAUGAAUUUGUUUCGAAUGGUAGCCUGCAAGACAUCCUUCACGGUGAGAACAAAGUUCCUCUCACUUUAGACAAACGUUUGGCCAUUGCUGCCGAAUCUGCAGAAGGCCUGGCUUACAUGCAUUCCAAGACCUCAACUAGCAUUCAACACGGUGACGUUAAGCCUGCCAAUAUACUUUUGGACGAUCAAUUCAACCCAAAAAUAUCUGAUUUUGGAAUAUCAAGGUUAAUUGCAAGAGAUGUCACCGAGCACACUAACGAUGUUAUUGGCGACAACAACUAUAUGGAUCCAGUUUAUCGUGAAACUGGUCUGCUAACUAACAAGAGUGAUGUCUACAGUUUCGGUCUUGUGCUCUUUGAAAUCAUCACCGGUAAGAAAGCUGUUUAUGGUGGUGAAAGUAGCUUUGUCAGAAAUUACCUUGACACAUACUUAACUGAGAUAAGAGCAAAUAAGAUGCUGUUUGGUAAGGAGGCUGAAGAAAAGGACAUUGAGCAUCUCCAUAAUCUUGUUGUGAUAUCCAAAGAGUGUUUAGACAAUAAUGUGGACCAAAGGCCCGAGAUGACAGAUAUAGCAGAACGUCUGCAAGGCAUUAUUAGAUCCCGGAAGUUUCUUAAUUGAUUCGCGCGCGAAUGGAGGAUGUGCUUGUAUCCAGAUAAAGUAUAUCGGUCUGUUAGUUUAUCUUUAUCUACACUAGUUCUACAAUAAAAUGUUGCUUGCUUCUAAAUACCUAAUGUCUAUUUGUCAUUCUAUUUCUAAAUGAAAUAUGCGUGUAAUUUGCUAGCAUCAAUUCCCAAA